AGUGACGGACGGAGAGAGAGGAGAGGAGAGAAAAGUGAGGGGCUAGUCUCGGGUGCCUCCUUCCACUUCGAUAAAAACCCCAUUCUCCUCGCACCUCCAGGACCCCAAUCGUCGUCUACAGAGGAAGCCAUUGUGAGGUACGCUCAAUCUGCUUCCAAAUCCAGGGGUGUAUAAUUUCACUUGUAGAGCAGAGAAGAGGAAGGGGCGGAUCUAUGGGCAACUGCAGGAGUACAUCUCGUGUGCUUCCAGUGAAGACACAUGUUCCAGAUUUUGAAUGGAAGAUUGAGGACUUCUCAUCGCUACUUGAGACGGGGGCCAAGUCUGCAACAUCUGGUCCUUUUCACUGUUCUGGGUAUAACUGGCACCUCCAAGUGAGUCCAAUGCAUACAAAACCUGGUGCUAAAACUGCAUAUGUUGCUCUUUGUGUUUAUAUGCAACGAUCAACAAGGUUGGAGCAAGGGCACUCGGUGCAUGCAGUGUUUGAGUUGUCAAUAUACAACCAUUCUAAUGGAAUGUAUUGUGGAUGCAAAGCUAGCCACACCUUUGAGUUCAAGAAUUUCACCUCGAACAAGCACUGCUUGAUUCCUCUUCAGGAGCUACUGAAAUCAUCUGCUUUUCUAGUUGAUGAUAGCUGUGUCUUUGGUUUAGAGAUAUUAAAAAUUGAUGCGUUUUCUCCUGAAAAGAGGGCUGUUGUGGUUCAGAAGAAGGCUACCACAGUUGAGAAUUUCUUUAUCCAGAAGAAGGGAUACCUGGAAGGAACAUACACUUGGACCAUAAACAAUUUCCUUGAACUGGACCAUGAGCAAUCAUUUUUCUGUUCUCGUACAUUUGAAGUUGGCGGACAUAAAUGGUACGUCGAAAUGUCUCCAUGUCGUGGCAAGUACAGCACUGAUUGCGUUUCCUUGUACUUAUACAUGGAUGCUUCCAAAGAGACCCCUUUGAAGUCCGGAAUGGUGGUACAAGCGACUCUUUCCAUCCUGGACCAAAAUAAUGGGGAAUACUUCACUGGAACUACAGGUCUCAGGGUCUUUAGUGGUCCAUACGGCUGGGGAUGGCCUUACUUCGUUGGACUCAAGGAACUCAAGGACCCGUCUCGAGGAUAUCUUGUGGGAUCGAAAUGCGUUAUAAGGGCAGAUCUCACUAUCGUUGGGUCAUCUACUGAUGGAAAGAUGUAGCUCAUGGCCUGAUGAAGAUAUAAUGCCCUUUCAUCCAACUAGCUACAAUUAUAUUAUACUAUAUGAGAUAAUGUUGUGGUAGCGGUACUAAGAACUUGUGGGAUGAUUAGUAUUGACCUGGAUUUCAGAUGUGAGACUUUAUUUCUAGUAUUUGAGGUAAAUAUAUAUUGACAUAAAUGUGAUUUGGGAAGUGCUUCCAUAUGUAUUGAGGAUGCAAACCUAUGUCAGUUAGCAUGUCUCGCUAGCUACAUGCAUGUUGCCUUCAGCUCAA